GCUGUGGCGGCUUGCUCAUGUUUGUCUGUGUCCUAAACCUUCUGCACGUGGACCACAUUAUUUUGAGUUGCAAACCAAACUGUAAAGAAGCUAAAUGUAGAGAGAACAAUGGGUUCUUUAAUGGGUCUAGGCACCUCUCAUCUUAAAUCCAAGAGUCUAAAGUCAAUUCCUGGUAUCUUGGAUUGUCCCUUGCUUGUAAAGAGCCUGUAAGCAAACUGUUAAUUCAGAACCCCCUAGCUGCGAUCUCUAAUGGAUGAAAUCUAGUGUUAAACCUUGCUCCAGUCUCUAGAGCACUGGCUCAGCUCAAGGGUACUGGUAUCCUGGGUGCCACCUUGUACCCACAUUUAUCUUUUUGUGACCCUUUUUUUUUUCGACUGAUGAGGGGAAAAAAAGAAGCUCAUUACAGUUAAUUUAUUCAUUUUACACUAAUUUAGCCCUGUUCCCUUUUCUACAAUAGCUGCAAUAUAAUGUCAUUUCAGCAGAGCAACGCUUCGCAAAUUUGGCUCAAGGAGACACUGAGCAAACAGCUUUUCAGAGAGCUUCAACUCAGCUGUCAGAAGGGGCAGUUUGGUUUCUGUGCAAGCAAUACUUGCAUUCCAAACUGCAUUAGAGAAAAGCCGAUGAAGCACUCGAUGGUUACAGCAGUGCUGGUAGUACUGGUGCAGGUUUCUGAGAAUUUCCCUGCCUUGUACCAUCGAGGUUGGUGGAAGCUGUUACGGGAAGGAGAGAGUUGUGGAAAAUGCGAUUUGGCACUUUGCUCUGAGCCUAAAGACUGUCCAGCUGGGACUGUAUUAGACCGUUGCGGCUGCUGUCCUGAAUGUGGAAAUGUGGAAGGUCAGAUCUGCGACUUGGAUCAGGGCAACCAUUUUUACGGGCAAUGUGGGGACAACCUGGAAUGCAGGUUGGAUGCUGAUGAAGCGAGGUUUGGGGAAGUCCCUGAGCCCCAGUGUGUGUGCAAGUCUCAAGAGAGUAUCUGCGGACCUGAAGGGAAAACCUAUGAGAACAUCUGUCAGUUCAACAAGGCUUACGCUACGAAAAGAAAUAUCAGCAUGAAACAUAAAGGACCAUGUGAAUCAGCUCCUGUUAUUGCUAUGCCACCUCAGGAUGUCCAGAAUUUCACAGGCAAUGAUGUCAUUUUUGGCUGUGAGGUGUCAGGCUAUCCUAUGCCACACCUCGAAUGGAAAAAAAAGGGGAAUAAAAUGUUUCUGCCAGGAGAUGACACCCACAUCUCAGUACAGGCAAGAGGUGGGCCUCAGAAGUAUGGUGUGACAGGCUGGCUGCAGAUUCAAGGCCUCAAAAAAUCAGAUGAAGGCGUUUACAUCUGCCACACCAAAAAUAAGUACGGUGCAACAUAUGCCUCUGCAAGAUUGAAAGUCAUUGAUGGCUCGUCUCCUGCAUCUGCAUUUACUGCUGGCAGUAGAAGUGCAAGCUACAGCGUUGAAUAUGGGGACUAUUAUGAUGAUUCUGAUGAUGAAGAUGAGGAAGAAUAUGAAUCCGGGGACUAUGAGAAUUGAAACAACUCUGAAUAAUAAUUGUUAUACAUCUGUUGUCCAACACCUUUUAGACUCUAUUAUAUUCACUAGUAGUCUCUAUGCUGUAAAUGUCUCCUCUGAUAACACACAUUCACCUGUGUAUCCACCUUCUUGAAACUGAACUUUGGCUGAAGUGUAUCAUGCUACUUACCAGAAAUAAGAACAGUUGUAAAUUCAUAUAUUUAGACUGUUAAAUAAAAUUCUUAAACAUGCACCUGCCUACUAAGUAUACUGAAGGGAUCAAAUUUAAUAUGCAUUUUUAAAUGUAAAUUGUAAUUUCUUUCAAGCAUUCUAAUUUGUCUACCAAAAAUGUCCAUAGUUAAACAGAAUUUGUACCUUGUAUCAAUUUCCAUGCUUCUAUAAUGUACUAAGAAAUAUCAAGAGAUUGUUCACAUGGCAACAAGCCUAAAUAUGAAGGUUGCAAAAGAGACUUUAAUCUCCUUAGUUCAUAUUUUCUUGUAAGUUUCAGCAAGAUUUCUCAUCUCAUUUGAAAUUUUCCAUGGUUAGUCUCAUCAAGGGCAAAUUAUCUGUCUUUUGGGGGGUUGUUUACAAUUAAUAUAUACAUGAAGCAAUCACAGUCUAAAGCAAGUAAGCUGUUUUACUAGCAAUAUUCCAAAACGCCCAGAAAAGAAUUCUUGUGCAUUCAAACAGAUGAGCACACCUUUUGGCCUCUUUUUGUAACUGUUCUUGCGCUACUCCUAAGAGUGUUGGCUCCUUUCCACCAGCCAAGGCAACGGUUCAAGAUUUGGGAUCAUUAUUUUUACUCCUAACAGCAUCGUGUUUGGUGAGAAUUGCUGCAGUUUAAAGAAGGUGGCUGAUCUGUAGCUCAGUGCAUGCCCUUCAAACACACCGAGAUGUGCACAACAGAGCCAGUAUCUGUCCUUUGUCUCAGACUGCCCAAGACUUGCUCCUAUAUGUCCAAGACUUGCUCCUGUAUGUCCAAGACUUGCUCCUAUGUCUGACCCAUCUAUACUAUGUCCAACUAAAACAUCUUCUGCAUUGCCACACUUCUGGAAAGGGCAGACAGAAAAGCAGGCAUUGUUUUUCUUCGUCAAACCACCAGAACACAUGCACGUUUUUUCCAAUUGUCUCAACCACUUCUUGAUCAGCAUGAAUUAGACAGCAAAUGAAAUGCAAUUCAAAACCACAAAACUUCCAAGUAAUCACCCUGUAAAAUGUCUCCAAUUGCUUUUGUUAACUAAUUACGUGAAGGCUGGCUCACCAUUAAUAGGUGAUGGAAGAGACCAAACUAUGAAAACCACCUUUGGGAGGCAGUUACACCUACGGGUUGCCAUUGGCUGAGGACAGAUGAAUAACAGUAAAUUACUGAACGACAUUAAUCACAGAACGACUAAGAAAGCAAAAGUUCAGGCAUCUGAAUGUAAAGCCUCAGUAUUUGCAGUCGUCUUUAUCCCAUACACUGCACACACUGUGGUAACUUUAAGUUAAAUUAAUGGUAUUAUGGAAGCUUUAAGGGUAAUCUUAUUGUAUGCAUACGCAUACUGUGUAGAUUUUAUUAAUGUAUAUGCAGUGCAUCACAAACUCCUCCUGUAAUGUUGUGCCGCUUUGUGCUUUUUGCCAUUAGGCAGAUUUUUCCUUUCAAUUUGAAUUACAUUAAGAGAUUGGCUAUAGACUGCGUUUGCCCUGAGGUAUUAUUGAUCUGUGUCCAGGUAGCAAACAAGCAAAGAAUAAUUUAUUUUGUCCCAGACUUCAUGGAGUACUGUGAACUUGUAAGCAGAAAGCAUGCCACUGUGUCAUUGAAAUGGCUUCUUAUUUAACUACUGAUUUUGUUGUUUUGGUCUCUUCCUGGUCUUCUUAGUGAUAUGUCUAAUAAUUUUUUCUUAUUAUCUACUAUAUAUUAAUUUGAACAUAAAAUUGUCUGGUAGAAAUCACUGAAUUUUUUUUUAAAGUGAGAAUUUCUAUGGAACUAUUUAAUCUGCAGACAUAUUCAAAAUCAAUUGUGAUCUGCAUUGCAAAUGAGUGAAUUACAUUACUAAACCAGUCACUAAAUUGUGGCAAUAUAUUGGCAUAGACUAGUACAUGGCACAAAAAAUGAUCUUGAAAUCAUUAGCCAUUGAAAUAAAUUAGAAUUCUUGAGGGCCUUUUGCUGUUGUUAAUAAAAAAUGAAAAACAGAAAGAAAAGAAUGUUUGAAUGAGAAAAUGUGUAGCAGAACCACAUCCAAUAUCAGUCUGCGACUGUUUGGCCUGAUGGACUAUGUUGAUUUAAAUAAAGCUAACGUUCCCAGAACAAAGGGUUCUAAAUUAAAG